ACCUGUUGGAGGCGAAAGACGAAAAAUCAUUUCAUUUUAAAACAUAGGCAAACGUUUUAAAGGGUUUAAAAUAUCAUGAUUCCAAGAGUAAUAGCUUAAAAUGUUUUUAGUGGCAUUUGCCAAAUGGGUUAAAUUUAGGUUUUAGUUUUUUUAUUCGUAUGCAUGCACCUUCUGUUUUAACAGCAAUAUCAUAAACAGAUUUUUACAGUUGCUGUUGAGCUUUCCUUUUCCCGUUUGGUCAGGACUGAUGAAAUUUUAGAGCGAUGUUGUCAGCAGUUCCCAGGCACAUGCUGUUUCGUGGCCAGAGGGCUCGUAGCCUCUCUCCAUGUCGCGUUUUGAAAACGAGCUCUGGCGAUCCUGCGAAGAGCCAGAGCCCGCAGUUCGCGGACACCGGUCACGCUGCCAUGUUGUCCAGCAAGGGCGCGCUGAGUGAGAACACGACGGGCGCACACUACCGCCACUUGGCCGCCAGGUGGCACACGAACCUGCAGGCCAGGAGGAGCUCGUGGAGCGCCGUCCUCGCCGGGUCCCGGGUACACUGGGAUGAGAGGGGCAGGAAUAGUGAAGGUGGCUUUGGCGUGAUAUCAGCGGGGGCCAUUUCAGCUGCGGCUCUGGCGUAUUGUUUCAAGAAAGGAUCUGAUUCGAAAGGCGAUGCGCUUUUGGAAGCGGCCAGAACCAGCAAUGCCCAGGAAGUUGCCAGGUUGCUGGCUGAUGGAACCGACCCAAACUAUCGUCACCAUCUGGGCUGGACGGCAUUGAUGGUGGCUUCCAUGAACCGGCAGCACAAUGUGGUGAAAGCCCUCCUGGAAGGCGGCGCCGACCCCGAUCUGGGAGACGACUUCAGCAGUGUCUACAGCUACUCGCGUGAGAAGGGGAUCCACUCCCUCGAAGUCCUGGUGACCAGAGAGGACGAGUUCAGCAGCCGGCUGAGUAGCCGGGCCAGCUUCCGCGGCUGCACGGCGCUGCAUUACGCAGUCCUCGCAGACGACCUGCGCACCGCGCGGAUGCUGCUCGAGGCAGGUGCCAACCCCCUGCUGACCAAUGAAAUGGGGCACACAGCCCUGGCAUAUGCCAAGGAAGGGGAGCUGCAGACCCUGCUGUGGGAGGCGGAGAAAAAGUUCCAGGAGGCGCAGCAGCGUAAGGAGGCGGAGCAGCGGCGCCGAUUCCCACUCGAGCGUCGGCUGCGGGAGCACAUAAUUGGACAGGAGGGCGCCAUCAACACCGUGGCCUCAGGCUGGAGACUGGUACUCGAUCUCAGAAGGGGAGGUGCCCUAGUACCACUGAACAAGGUGACUCACCCAGUCUCAGAAAGGACAUGCUGUCAUUCCCCUGAACAAGCCAUCAGAAGAAAGGAGAAUGGCUGGUAUGAUGAAGAGCAUCCCCUGGUUUUCCUCUUCCUCGGAUCCUCGGGCAUUGGUAAGACUGAGCUGGCCAAGCAGGUGGCCCGGUACAUGCACAAAGAUAUCAAAAAGGGAUUCAUACGAAUGGACAUGUCAGAGUUUCAGGAGAAACACGAGGUGGCCAAGUUUAUAGGAUCCCCACCUGGAUACGUGGGCCAUGAGGAGGGCGGUCAGCUGACCAAGCAGCUGAAGCAGUGCCCCAAUGCAGUGGUGCUGUUUGAUGAGGUGGAUAAGGCCCACCCAGACGUGCUCACCAUUAUGUUGCAGCUCUUCGACGAGGGGAGGCUCACAGAUGGGAAGGGAAAGACAAUUGAGUGCAAGGAUGCCAUCUUCAUCAUGACCUCCAACGUGGCCAGUGACGAAAUUGCCCAGCAUGCCAUUCAGCUGCGACAGGAGGCCCAAGAGCAGAGCCGCAGACGGCUGGCAGACAAUUUGGAGGAUGUCCAGUCAAGUGAUAAAAUCACCAUAUCGAAGCAGUUCAAGGAGAAUGUGAUCCGGCCCAUUCUCAAGUCUCAUUUCAGGAGGGACGAAUUUCUGGGGAGGAUCAAUGAAAUAGUUUACUUCCUGCCAUUCUGCCACUCUGAACUUCUCCAGUUGGUCAUCAAAGAGCUCAACUUCUGGGCCAAAAAGGCCAAGCAAAGACACAGCAUUACCCUGGUGUGGGACCGUCCUGUCCUGGACCUCUUAGCUGCUGGUUACAACCUGCACUAUGGAGCGCGCUCGAUCAAGCAUGAGGUGGAGCGCCGCGUGGUGAACCAGCUGGCCGCAGCCUAUGAGCAGGAGCUGCUGCCGAAGGGCUGUACCCUGCGCCUCAGUGUGGACGAUCUGGGGGGGCAGGAAGGCCGAGCGGCACCCAGUCUUCGCCUCGAAAUUGUGGGUGAGGACAGCUCAUCCCGAAAACUGGACAUCCGGCCCCCACUGAACCCAGAAGAGACGGCCUAUUUACUAUGAUGGACAGAGAUACGGUGUGCAGAAAUCCAGUGCCACCACAGCUGCUUGCCACACAUGGUCUGCAGCACCUGAGGAUUAAUUCUGUCCUCCCAAAUUAUUCCUCACUCAUCGAUGCUGGUUUUGUGCAUUAUACAGACAUCUUACACUUGUUGGGAGAUUUAAGAAGUUCUUUUGAGAAAAGGGGACCGUACUUCCGACAGUACACACCAACAGGUUUCAUUUAUUGAUUACUCUAAUGUUUUUUUCCCUGUGGAAGAAAGUAGGUACCAAAAAUAUUUGCCAUGAAUUAUCUUACUUGGGUUUAUUGAUGAGAAAUUUGUAUCUGUCAGAUGGUAUAUGAUCUCACAGCUUAAUCUUCACACAUGAAUGUACAACUCAUCUGAAACUUAUACAUUGUACAUGAAGGAACAUCAUAAAAGUGAAAGGAUACAUUGUAUAUAGACUGUGUACUGCUGCCACUUAAUCUUCUGUGUGUUCAUAAUGUAAAUAAAAAGCUCAAUAAGUGUGA